GUGGCUUUCUGCUGAUAGUCUCCCUCUCUGCCGGAGUAAAACCUUCUCUGUGUGGCAUAUCACAGGAGGGACACAAACCAGACGUUUUUGAAGGUACAGAACAGGGAAGGAGAGAGAAGAAACGUUUGUCACAGGUUGCAGCUGCUGUGGUUACACAGUCAUGGCAUCAGCAGCUUCACCAAAAAGGAUGGUAUCCUCCAUCUUCAUCACUCUGGCCUCUCCUCAUAAAGCCACUCUGACACAGCAGAAGCCCGCCCUCCAGGCCCACAGUGCACCAGCUGGAGAAAAGCAGCAAACAGCGGUACGAGUCAGCCCCAGUGACAGCAUCCCCAACCUUUUACGUAAGAAAGACACACUGUCUGAGGCUCCAAGCAGUGUAGAUAACACAGGCCAGACUCGUGCUGUGGCCCCCACCCGAAUCUCAGACCCUCAGAGCCCAACACCGGCCCAACCUGGACCCAACAGAGGGGAGCUACAACCACGUGAAAAGUCUGCUGCAGAUCCCUUCCCUCCUCCUCCUCCUCCUCCUCCUGCUGCUGCUGCUGCAGUGUCUUCAUCCAUAGCAACAUCUCCCUCUGAAGAAUCAUUACCUCCACCUCCUCCUACUGCUCAGACUCCUCGCUCCAAACCUGUCACCCCUGGAAAACAGUCACCUAAAAACAAAGUGGUAGAAACAAGCACACCAUCUAGUGGGUUAAAACAAGAUGAGCAUUCUCAGGAGAUCCCUGAAAUUGGCCAAGACAUGAGCAGCCAGAGUAAAGAGGUGUGUGGCUUUUGUCGGAAACCUGUUGCUCUUUCUGAGCCAGCGAUAGAGGCUUUGAACAGGACGUACCACGAUGGCUGCUUCCAGUGUAGAUCCUGUCACAGUCCACUGGCAGGGAAGCAUUAUUACAACAAGGCGGGAACCCCCCUCUGUGAAGACUGCUACCAGGCCAGUCUGGAGCUUUGCUGGGCCUGUGGGGAGCCAAUCACAGACCAUGUAAUCCGAGCACUGGAGCGAGCCUACCAUCUCACUUGUUUCACCUGUGCAACGUGUAAACAGCAAAUCGGAGAGCAACCUUUUGCUCAGGGAGAAGUCGGAGAAGUUUACUGUCUCCCAGACUACUACAGGAAGUAUGCUCCAAAGUGUAGCGCCUGUAACCAGCUUAUCAUUCCCAAAGAGGAUGGUACCGACAGCUACAAUGUUGAGUGCCUGGGACGCUCCUACCACGAAAACUGCUACAGAUGUGAGGUCUGUUUCAUCCAGCUCUCUCCUGAACCCAGUGAGCAUGGAUGCUAUCCUCUGGAGGGGAGGAUGCUCUGUAAAACAUGCCAUAUGAAACUGGUCUCAGGUCAGCACUAACACUGGCCUCUCUGCCCAGGAUAAACUGCAACUUAAGGGAAAAGUACCACCAACGGGAUGGGAGACGUGAUGCUGGAGUACAUACACUAUACAUCCUUUUUUAUGGAUCAAAAGUGCUUUUAAUUUUUUACUAAUAUCAUGCUUUUUUAAGAUCUUCUUAUUUUACUUUUAUACUUGACCAUUUUGCACUCAAACUCUACAAAAUGUACCAAAUGUAUUUAUGUAACAUGAAUGUAAAAAGAGCAUUAUUUGAUUUCUCUUUAACAUCUUAAUCCAUUUACAGUUUUUAAACCACUUUAACCAUAAAAAUAAAACAUAACAAAAAAAACAUGAAAAAAAUGUACUAAUAUAUUUUAUCUCUCCACCAGCAACUGUUACACGUACACUAUGACCAAGCAUUAGCAUGAAAAAAAUACUAUUUUCAUAACUCUGACUUCCCAAAUUCAACUCAGUUGGAUUGAUUAUCACGUGUCAUCCCUCCAAGGGGAAACUGAUUCACCUGCACAGAUAACACAGGUAAAAAAAAAAAAAAAAGAAAAAAAGAAAAAGAAAAAAGAAAGAAACUUUAUACGGCAAACUCCACACAGCGAUUAAACUGCAGACACUUUUAGCUCCUGCCACUUGUCAAA